GCCACUAGAACGAACCAUAGAAUUCAGAAGCAGAAGUCGCAGUCACGUUUUACUGCCUUUACAGCUGGUCUUUUUACAGCUUCUAUCGACUUUUUUCCAAUACAAAUUUAUUUGCAAAUUUACUUGCAAAUGAACGCAUAAAUAUAACCUGUCACCUUAAACACCUCAGCUCGUCGCCGCCCCAUUUCUUUUCCCCCAACCAAACAACUUACAACAGUACAUCCUCUUCACCUAAGCCCAGUCUUAAACGAUAUCCUACAGCAGCAUCGCCCAAGAUGUCACAGUCCGUGCUCGAGCAACUCCUGGAGAUGGGGUUCGACAAAUCACGUGCCGAACUGGCAGUGAAGAGAUCCGACGGGUUGCCGGAUGCUAUGGACUGGUUGGAGAAGACCCAGGAUACUCCAUUGGAAGAGCUUCUCGAGGAGGAGCAAUCUGGAGCCAACGUUGCAAAGGUAGAUGAAGGUGCAGUCGCAAUGUCACUCGUCUGUAAUGAGUGUGACAAGAAGUUCCGUUCUCAAGCCGAGGCUGAAUUCCAUGCCAACAAAUCGGGUCAUACCGAUUUUGCCGAGUCUACUGAACAGAUUGCUCCCCUUAGUGAGGAGGAGAAGAAAAAGAGACUCGAAGAGCUCCGAGAGCGUGUCAAGGCUAAGAAGGCCGGCCUAGCUGCCGUAGAUAAAGAAGAGCAAAAGCGCAAUGAGCAAAUCCGCCAAAAAGCUACUAGGGAAUCUCAUGAGCUUAAGGAGGAGCUCCAGCGCAAGGAGCAGAUCAAAGAAGCCGCCAAGAAGCGACAAGAGAAGCUCGAUGACAUCGAGGCCAAGAAACGCAUCAAGGCCAAGAUCGAAGCUGACAAGGAGGAACGCCGACGCAAGGCAGAAGAGGCAAAAGCUGCAAGGGCAGGAGUCCCAGUUGCAGCCCCAGCCGCCGCCGCUCCAGCGCCCGCUCCAGCACCAGCUCGUUCUGCCGUUACUCACAAUGAAGCUCGACUGAGACUACAGACUUUCGGCGGCAACGUCUUGAAGACACUCCCGGCAGACACCACACUUUUCGAGGUCAAACAAAUGCUGGAGUCGGAGAAUGGACUUACGGUUACCAAGUUCGUCCAGAACUUCCCCAGAAAGGUCUUCGAAGGCAGCCUCGACCUUGGUAAAACUUUGAAGGAGGCUGGACUAGUCCCGAGCGCUGUUUUGGUUGUACAAUAAGUUACGAAGAUGCGAAGAUGAGGGAAAAGGGGGUCGGGGAUGUUGAUUCUCACGGAUGAAUGAUUUGGCGAUGACUUGGCGUUUUGACUUUGCUUGGGAAGGUGAAAUAGGAGGUUUCAUGAUAAGGGGGGUAUCAUGAAAAGAAUGAUGAGUCAACGCAAAUAAAAGCAAUCUUAUGAAGAUUGUAGCAUUUAUGCGAAUGCUAUUCGAGAUCACUAGAGUUCCCCUAGGAACUUAAGCCGGGGCCAUAAAUUUGCAUUUCACUUCGUUUGCACAAUGAACAAAUGAACAAUUCACGGCGCAGUAGGACUUUUUAAAUUCGUCUCUCAUGGCUUCAUCUGCAAAAGCCAAUUGUCAUAUUAACCUAUGACUUGGUAAAGGUCGCCCAUGGCAUCCU